AUGGCAGACGACGAAGUAUCAAACAACGAAGACGACGAAGAAGUCGAAGACGAAGACGAUGAUGAAAACGAAGACGAUAGAGAAAACGAAGACGAUAGAGAAAACGAAGACAAUGAAGACGAAACCGUUCCAGCGUUCAGAGCACCAGGAUCCGGCACGCAACAUCGAAGACGUGAGUCUGUACAGCAACCACAACUAACAUUCAGGGAUGUCGAGGAAUCUCUUGAAAAGUUUAGCGGAGAUGAUUACAUAAAUGUCAAUCAAUGGAUUGAAGACUUUGAAGAAACGGCAGACCUAUGCGCAUGGUCCGACGUUCAGAAGGCUGACAUUUCACAGCCGUUCCUACGCACGGACGCCAGCCGAUAUGCACUCGGAGCAGCCCUACUGCAGGGGGACGGACACGAAGAACGUCCCGUGCAGUACGUCAGUCGGCCGCUUACUUCCGCUGAGAGAAACUACACGACCAUGAAACGGCGAAGAUUUGGCCAUUGUGUGGGCCAUGUCCAAGUUCCGCCGAUACAUAGAUGA